AUGGAUCAAAGCUCAGUUGGGUCGGAUCCAAGAAGAAACCCGAUGACUCUCUACCAUCCACGAGGUGGAGGAGGAGAGAGCUCGGAGACAGUGUCUGAGAGUGAUGAUAUGUUGUUGUAUAGAGGUUUUAAAAAGAUGGAACACACUUUCAUUGCGAUCAAGCCUGAUGGAGUGCAGCGAGGACUGGAAUUCAAGCUUGUUGGUAUCAAGGUCGUUGUUCCUUCCAAGGAUUUUGUACAGAAGCAUUACCAUGAUCUCAAGGAAAGACCUUUCUUCAAUGGCUCGUGUGACUUCCUUAGCUCUGGUCCUGUUAUCGCCAUGGUAUGGGAAGGAGAAGGUGUGAUCAGAUACGGACGUAAACUGAUUGGAGCCACCGAUCCUCAGAAAUCUGAGCCUGGGACUAUCCGAGGAGAUCUUGCUGUUGUUGUUGGGAGGAACAUAAUCCAUGGAAGUGAUGGACCAGUGACUGCAAAAGAUGAGAUCAAUCUGUGGUUUAAGCCUCAAAAACUCGUCUCUUACACCAACAACGCUGAGAAGUGGAUCUAUGGCGACAACUAAACACCCUCUUUCUCUCUUCUUUUGACAUCCAAUAAAAUUGUUCUUGUUCCUUUACCCCAAACAAUAAAACAAAAAACAGGUAUUACGCAUACAAACACAUUCCCGGUUUUGUGUUUUCUCGGUGAAC